AUGCUUCGUAUUACGAAUCUGGUAGAACCCAAGGAUAUAGCCCUUAUGCACAAAAAACAGCCACUUCGGAGACCGCAGAAACGUACAGGUUCACAAUCUACAGGUCCAAGUGAGAUCGUGUAUCACUCAUCCACUGAUGAAACUGUUCCGGGUGAUAAACCUAAAACAACGGUGGAAAGUGCUUUAAAGUCAUCGGCAACUGAAACAAUUGAAAAAACUGUUGUUUCUAAUGAGACAGUACAAGUGGGUAAUGCAUCACUGAUCGAGUCAAAUAAUGAAACAGACGUCUCUACGCAAACGGAGGCCAGCAAUGUGUCUUCAACUGCCACUGGUGAAACAAUAAACACUUCCAUACAGGGGACUGCUGAGGCUGGCAGCAGCAGUGUUCAAAUACUAAUGUCCAACACGUCUCAAGAUAUAACUACUGCAGCAAAUGCUGAACUUACUCUUUCAAAUGUUUCGGAUGCUACGUUGGCAAACGACUCCAGCAAAAGCGUUGAAACAGUUUCGGGAGCAAGCGGUAAUGCAACUGCCAGUUUGAUUGAUUCUCCGAGCAACAACACCGAAGAAACCUUCUUAAACCAAACUGCAUCAAAUAUUGCUGUUGAAGAGCGUGCAAAUAUUACUGCAUUAGAUGGUUCUGAGAAAUCAGUUGAGCCUAAAAACAUCAUGACCAAAGAAGAAAAUCUUUCAUCUGCUAACGUAUCUGUUGAAGACGACGGUACAAUUAUAACAAGGCUCGGUACAAGCAGACGAAAGCUACUGUAUUAG